CGUGAGACCAUCUCACUUGAUCCUUACAUCCCAUGACUGUUUCGAUCUCCACAAGGCAACACAAUUUCUGGGAAUCAUUUGCUUCUUUACAUUUGCUUCUUGUAACGUUCAAUCCUCUCAUCUGAAAAUCACAAGUCGCAUCUUCGGAACUGAAGCUAUCUCUUCCUCGGGAAAGGGUUGUGUGCCCCGCCAAAGUAUCAAGAACAUCGGCGCAUAUUCCAAGAUGGCUCUCAAAUUUGCCCCUUUUGGGUCAGACAUAGAAUUGCCCUUUUAUACCUCCCUCUCCAACUUCAAGAUCGAUGUCGAUAAGCUCGACGAUUCCGCCCGACCUGUACUCGGCCUGUACGAGGCGCGAGCGACCAAGCUGCCUGCUGAGAGCUGUCGCAUGCAAGUCCUCGGGAAUGCUCUGACGAGUAAAGAUGUCCCCGCAGGCUAUAUUCGAGCUGAGGGCAAGAUCAAAAAUGUGAACACAAUUGAGGAUUUCAAGAACGUCGAUUUGGCGGCCAUGUUACACACUGCCGGAAAACAAAUAUGGGAUGCUAUUAACGAUGGCACCAUCUACUCAAUCCCCUCCCUUCUUUCAUCCUUCACAAUUCUUUCAUUUGCGAAUCUCAAGAAGUACACCUUCACGUACUGGUUUGCAUUUCCAGCCAUUCAUUCAGAACCGGUUUGGAGGCGAAUAGAUUUAGAGGAUCCGAGUCAGCUGACUUCUCAGGAGUCGGUUGCUCUCGUCGACGAGGUGGGCACUUGGCGAUAUGGCACUGACAAUCGAGAGCACGGAUUCUUUCUGGCUAAGAAAGUCCGCUCUAUUCCCCAUUCUCACGAUCAAUCUACCACACCAGGCACCCCAGGAGAUGAACUAGGAUACACAUGGACCAUUGGAUCCCUUCGCCAAUUCGAAAGUGGCUUCUUCCGCGGUAUACCCGAGGAGGAUCGAUAUGUCGCAUUUGUUGAUCCGUCAACUUAUGCCGAGAAUCCCGGCUGGAUGCUACGGAAUCUUUUAGUAUUGAUCAGAAGACGAUACAAGCUCAGUAAAGUCCAGAUCUUAUGUUACCGAGACAUUCAAGCAAAGAGACAUGAAGCAAGAAGCAUCAUUCUAAAACUAGAAACCGACGAGGAUGGUCCACAGACAGAUGUAAUGCCCAGGGUUACAGGAUGGGAACGGAACAGUGCGAACAAGCUUACUUACAAGGUCAUCAAUCUGGCACAGUACAUGGAUCCUACACAAAUAGCUCAUCAGGCUGUUGAUUUGAACCUGAAGCUCAUGAAGUGGCGCAUUGCUCCAGAUCUCGAUCUCAACAAGAUCAAAGAGACCAAGUGCCUUCUCCUCGGCGCGGGAACCUUGGGAACUUAUGUUAGCCGCCUGCUCAUGGGUUGGGGAGUAAAAAAGAUUACAUUCAUCGACAAUGCUACUGUGUCGUUUUCAAAUCCUGUUCGACAGCCUUUGUUCGAUUUCAAAGAUUGCCUCGAUGGUGGAUCAAAGAAAGCUUAUAGAGCUGCUGAAGCGUUGCAAGAGGUUUACCCCGGCGUAGACAGCACCGGAUUUGUUAUGUCAGUUCCGAUGCUUGGUCAUCCCAUUACUGAUGAGCAGAGCACGAGACUCGAUUUUGAGACUCUUGAAAAGUUGAUGGACGACCACGAUGCUAUAUUCCUCCUCAUGGACACACGUGAAAGCCGAUGGCUUCCUACCGUCAUGGGCAAGGCUAAAGACAAGAUCGUUCUGAAUGCUGCUCUAGGAUUUGACACGUGGGUUGUGAUGAGACAUGGCGUAUUCGCCGCUGAUGGAGGAGCUGCGGCUCUUGGUUGUUACUUUUGUAACGAUGUUGUGGCACCUUCUGAUUCUGUCAAAGAUCAAACACUUGACCAGCAGUGUACCGUGACUCGUCCGGGAGUUGCUCCAAUGGCGUCAGCACAGCUGGUUGAGCUCCUUGCAUCAAUUCAACAGCACCCAGAUGGAGCUCGAGCCCCUGCCCCCAAGAUAGCUACCAGUCUAAGUUCCUCGGGUCGAGUUGAUUAUGAACGCGAUCCUCCAAAUCAUCCGCUUGGCUUGAUUCCACAUCAGAUCCGUGGCUUUGGCGCAAAUUUCCAGAACAUGUUGAUCAGUGGUCAAUCUUAUGACUGCUGUUCUGCAUGUUCUCCCAAAAUUGUGGAUGAGUAUAAGCGAUCUGGCUGGGAAUUCAUCAAGCGAGCUUUGACUGAGAAAGAUUAUAUCACGGAACUCAGUGGACUAGCUGAAGUUCAGAGAGCUGCCGAAGCUGCUGCUGACGAUCUUGAUUGGGACAGUGAACCAGGAGCAGGUGGCGACGAUGAAGACGGAGAACUUCUCUGAUAUCUUCAGAUAUGAAUGAAUUAACGAAUGCUAUGGGAGGUUGGAACUACAACAGGCGUCUUGCGGUCGGGCAUAUCAGGGAGCAUGGAGGUGUGCGAUGAGAAAUGGUACUCAUCUGGAAAGGAGCGGAGGUUUCUUCCUUGACAUGUUGUCUAGAUGUAGUUGAAUUUACUUUGCCUUCC